AUGUGGAAGUCCCAGUUUCUUGAUGUUUUUCUCAUUCACAAUUUGCAUAAUAUAGUUAUUGGUGAUGCACCACCUCUACCACCUUUUCUUCACAAUGACUCUAGUGCUACACAUCAUAUGAUACCAAAUGCUUCUAUCUUGUCCUCUCCUCCACCUCAUACUGCGAGAGAGCUCUCGCUGUUGCAAUUGGAAAUAGAAGCUGAAAAGUCAAUGGCAUCAAGAGAGAGAGAACACAUCAAUUCUUGGGGUCAGAAUGUUGAUGUUAAAGGCAGAGAUUUGGAGCUCAUUCCGUUCAGUGGGGGACAGCGAAUCUGCCCUGGAUUACCACUGGCAAUCGAAAUGCUGCAUAUAAAGUUGGCUUUGCUUCUUCAUGCCUUUGAUUGGAAGCAUGAAGAUGGCAUUACGCCAGAAGAAUUGGACAUGGAAGACGAAUUUGGCUUCAUUCUACAGAAGGCAAAGCCGCUUCUUGCCAUCCCUGUUGCGUGCAAAUAG